ACCGAGCGACGCUUAUUUUGUAAAUAUUCGUUCGCUGCAUCUUGAAUGCAAAAAAAACAUGGAUGAUCUCGUCAAGGUACAUGCCGGUGGUGAGGACUACAAUUCAGAUUUCAGUGAUGAGGAACAAGGAGAGUCUUCAGAGAGCAGACUUAAACGGAAACAUGAACAGGAAAUCUUACAGAAGCCUUUCCAGAAAGGUCGACAUUCUCAAGUGGCUCAUCGCAGUUUUCACGCCGGUGAACUGGACAGAGAGGAAGCCAGGAAUAGAAGAGCCCACCUUAUAUCACUGAAUGCUUUUGAACGACAUAAGAAGUUUGUCGGCGACUACAUACUUUAUUAUGGAGGACACAUGGCCGACUUUAAACGUUCUGUGGCAACAGACAAAACAGACUCGGAUGUCUUGAAGGAGAAUCAUCGCUUUCUCUGGAGAGACGAGGAUGAGGAGGACAUGACAUGGGAGAAAGAAUUGGCGAAAAAGUAUUACGACAAGCUUUUUAAAGAGUACUGCAUAGCUGAUCUCAGUCGAUACAAAGAAAACAAGUUUGGAUUUCGUUGGCGCACGGAGAGUGAAGUUGUGUCGGGAAAAGGUCAGUUCCAGUGUGGACACAAACGCUGCGAGAAGCAGGAAGGCCUCAAAAGCUGGGAGGUGAACUUUGCCUACGUAGAACAAGGCGAGAAGAGGAACGCUUUAGUCAAACUCAGACUUUGCCCCGAGUGUUCUUUCAAACUCAACUACCACCACAAGCGUAAAGAAGUGAAAGCUAAGAAGGGUGUCGGAAAGCUCUCACAGGAGAACCAGGAGCCAUUACAGAAGAAGAGGAAGAAGAUGAAGAAGAGAUCAUCGUCACGCUCCAAGAAGAAGAAACACAAGAGAAGCAGGGAUUCAUCCACCUCCUCCAGCAGCUCGGAGGAAUUGCAGGACAAAGAUCCUGAUUCUGAGGACAAGGCAUUGGAGGGUCAGUCCGAGUCGGACCACUGGCGAGGGCCGGCCCCUGCAGUGGAGGAAAAGUCAAGGGAGGAAGAGUUCGACGAGUACUUUGAAGACUUGUUCCUCUAGACUCUCCGCUGUGGUCACGACUCUUCGACAAAAUUCAAGCACAUAUUUUUUGUUUUUUUUUCACGCUGAAAUAAACACACUUCAUUCACAUCAUCAUUCUGUUUGAAAGCAGCCGUGUCAUUUUUUUUGUUUUUUUAUGAAUUAAGCCAUAACAUCAGCAAGUUCAUGCUUAAAUACAUGAUGACUAAUGAUUGGUCAAAUCGUUAUGCAUAUUGAACGAGCCUUUAUUCUUGUUAUUUAUACAGAAUUACAAGCAAAAUUUUGCAAUCAUUCUCCAUACAAUAUUCCUUGCAGUGAUACAAGGAGUGACAGGACAGGAUAAAUAAGGGGAAAAACACUAAGACAGGGCAGGGGAAAAAUAAUAAAAAUAAGGAGCACAGUGUCAAACUGUUAAAAAAAAAACAAACGUUCCUGCAACCAAUGUUGAUUUUUUUCUUGAAAAAUGACAACUUUUUCUUGUGUUAUUACAACCUAAAUGAAAAAAAUUGUUUUGGUAAAAUUACAUGCUGGUUUAAUUGUUGUUAUUAACAUUAUAAUCUUAGUUUCGAAAGACGUUCUUCCUCCUUUUUUUGAGCAAAAAAUGGUUCUGAACGAGCCUUUAUUCUUGUCAUUUAUACAGAAUACAAGCGAAAUUGUGUAAUCAUCAGGAU